AUGUCUUACUGCUGUACGCAGAAGGUUGAUCAGGAUGAUUUGUUCAGUGAUGGCGAGGAUGAAGACUGGGAUAAUGAGAUUUUGGCUUAUCUGGAAUUCGUAGUGAACGGUGAACAGAAACGUUGUGAGGUGGUGAAAGGAGAGAAUAUAAUCGGAAGAGAUUUGGACGCGCAAAGUACGACAAAAAUUAUCAUUGAUGAUUUGGUAAGUUUGCGCUUGUUAAUUACAUAG